UAGGCGGAGUAGGAGGAAGAGCCGGCGGGUAGGAGCCGGGACAACCAAAGGGGAAGAGGCCCCUCGACGCCGCCGCGGCAGAGCUGCUCGUCUCCUUCGAGACCGCACUCCACUGGUCUCCGGGAAGGGGUUGGGCGGCGCGGACAUGGACGCCCUGGAGACUUAGUACCCGUCGGCAGCAGAGGUGCGGCCGGCAGCAGGACGGUGCAGAAGCCGGGAGAAGGCAGCGGGGUGCGGCAGCGCGUCCCGGAACCAUGGGUACGGAGCCCAUCUGCAGCGCGCUGCCCGCUGUACCCUCGCACAAGCUCGCUGACCUGCGCUUCCUCAGCCGCGGCGCGUCGGGCACCGUGUCGUCCGCGCGCCACGCGGACUGGCGCGUGCAGGUGGCCGUGAAGCACCUGCACAUCCACACUCCUCUGCUCGACAGUGAAAGAAAUGAUGUCUUAAGAGAAGCUGAAAUUUUACACAAAGCUAGAUUUAGUUACAUUCUUCCAAUUUUGGGAAUUUGCAAUGAACCUGAAUUUUUGGGAAUAGUUACUGAGUACAUGCCAAAUGGAUCAUUAAAUGAACUCCUACAUAGGAAAACAGAAUAUCCUGAUGUUGCUUGGCCAUUGAGAUUCCGCAUCCUGCAUGAAAUUGCACUGGGCGUAAAUUACCUGCACAAUAUGAAUCCCCCUCUACUUCAUCAUGACUUGAAGACGCAAAAUAUCUUAUUGGAUGAUGAAUUUCAUGUUAAGAUUGCAGACUUUGGUUUGUCAAAAUGGCGCAUGAUGUCCCUGUCACAAUCACGAAAUAGUAAAUCUGCACCAGAAGGAGGGACCAUUAUCUAUAUGCCACCUGAAAACUAUGAGCCUGGACAAAAAUCAAGGGCCAGUGUCAAGCAUGACAUAUACAGCUAUGCAGUUAUCACAUGGGAAGUCUUAUCCAGAAAACAGCCUUUUGAGGAAGUCACCAAUCCUUUGCAAAUUAUGUAUAGUGUGUCACAAGGACAUCGACCUGACACUAGUGAAGAAAGUCUACCAUUUGAUAUACCUCAUCGAGCUCUGAUGGUCUCGCUCAUAGAAAGUGGAUGGGCACAAAACCCAGAUGAAAGGCCAUCCUUCCUAAAAUGUUUAAUAGAACUUGAACCAGUUCUGAGAACAUUUGAAGAGAUAAGUUUUCUUGAAGCUGUUAUGCAACUAAAGAAAACAAAGUUACAGAGUGCUUCAAGUACUACUCACUCGUGUGACAAGAAGAAAAUGGAGUCAUCUCUGAACAUAUCUCUAAAUCAUGGUCCACAAGAGGAAUCAUGUGGAUCCUCUCAGCUUCAUAAAAGUAGUGCUUCUCCUGGAACCUCAAGGUCCCUGUCAGCUCCUCAAGACAAUGAUUUUGUAUCUAGAAAAACCCAGGACUUCUCUACCCUACUUCACCUCCCAGUAAAUCACAGCUGGGACAACAUGUUUGUAGCUCAGAGGGCCUCAUUCGGUGACCACAAGACUGCCCUGUGCUCUUUAGCAAUAAAUCCACUCUCAGCCAAGGGGAAUUCAGAACGGUCACAGCCUGGAGUGGCCCAGCAGUGGAUCCAGAGUAAAAGGGAGGAUAUUGUGAACCAGAUGACUGAAGCCUGCCUUAACCAGUCACUGGAUGCCCUUCUGUCCCGGGACCUGAUCAUGAAGGAGGACUAUGAACUCAUCAGCACCAAACCCACAAGGACUGCAAAAGUCAGACAAUUACUGGACACCACUGACAUCCAAGGAGAGGAAUUUGCCAAAGUUAUAGUACAAAAGCUGAAGGACAACAAGCAGAUGGGUCUCCAGCCAUACCCAGAAAUAAUGCCAGCUUCUCAAUCACCAUCUUUAAAUUUAUUGCAAAAUAAAAGCUUAUAGGUGACUCUUUUUCAAGGAAAAAAGUCAGUUUAUUAAAAUGUAUUUUAUAUUA